AUGGGGAGGGUGGCGCCCGCAGCGCGGGGCACCGUCGGCUGCGGACGGCGUCGCCCACAGGCUGCGGACGUCGCCGCCCGCAGUCUGCGGGUGCCACAGGCUACGCCCGCCGCCGCCCGCGAGCGCGGACCCGCUGUUGAACGCAGGGCGGGCGGCGCAGGGGGGAGCCGAGCCAAUGGAACCCGACAAUCCAGCGCCGAGUUUUGCUUUCACGCAGUAGCGGUAGAAGAGGGAGGCGGAGCGAUGGGGAGGGUGGCGCCCGCAGCGCGGGGCACCGCCGGCUGCGGACGACGCCGCCCGCAAGCUGCGGCACCCCCGCAGGCUGCAGACGUCGCCGCUCGCAGUCUGCAGGUGCCGCAAGCUGCGGCCGCCGCCACCCGCGAGCGUGGCCCCGCGUGGGUUACGUGCUGCAUUUAA